UUAAGAACAGCUGGUACUUGACAACUUUCCGUGUGAGUGCACAAGUUGAAUUUUUGCGAGUCGAUUGGAAAACACAAAAAUAAUUUCGAAAUAAUGAAGGCUAUUUACAAUACUUUACUCAAAAGGACUUCCACAUAUGCCGUGGGAAUAAUGGCAUCCGUAUUCUUCUUUGAACGCGCAUUUGAAGUGGGGUCUACAACACUUUUCGAAUCCGUCAAUAAAGGAAAACUGUGGAAGGAUAUCAAGGGCAAAUACGAAUAAACUAAGAUACUUCAAAUGGCUUUUGGCACAUUGUAACCAGGGAAUACUUCUUGCUAUCAAUGAAUUGAAAGCAAACAUUCAAUUAGAAUAAAUGUAACAUUUAUUGCUAAACAAAAACGAAAAAA